AUUAUUUAAUUUAAACAAGUUUUCAAAUAGAUAUUGAGGUAUUUAGUGCUAGAAAUACAAAAAUGUAGAUAUAUGUCAACAACACGGUUCUAUGGUGUAGUGGUUAGCACUCAGGACUUUGAAUCCUGCGACCUGGGUUCGACUCCCGGCAUAGUGAAUUCGAUAACGACGAUGGAAGAGAAAUUGAAAACCCUAGAAAUUAUUGAGAAAAUUCCUAAAUCCGGUGUGUUCUAUCUUAACCUUAAUCGCCCCGCACAGCGCAACGCUCUCACGCACGAUUUCUUCUCUGAAUUCCCCAAAGCCCUCUAUGCACUCGAUCACAAUCCUGAUGUCAACGUUAUCGUUUUAUCCGGCGCUGGCAAACACUUCUGCUCCGGCAUCGAUCUUUCCGUUUUGAAUUCUACCGCCGGCGAAUUGUCCGGGGAGAGUCUCCGUCGACAGAUCCUGGCGAUGCAAGAUUCGAUUACUGCUCUCGAACGAUGCCGUAAACCUGUGAUUGCAAGUAUUCACGGAGGUUGCAUCGGCGGUGGAAUCGAUAUCAUAACCGCGUGUGACAUAAGGGUUUGUACAGAGGAUGCGUUUUUCUCAGUGAAAGAGGUGGAUUUGGCUUUGGCGGCUGAUCUGGGAUCGCUUCAAAGACUGCCGAGUAUUGUUGGUUUCGGCAACGCGAUGGAGUUGGCUUUGACUGCGAGAAGGUUUUCCGGUUCGGAGGCGAAAGAGUUGGGUCUGGUUUCUCGAGUUUUUCGUUCGCAACAUGAACUGGAUGAAGGUGUUAGGGAACUUGCUCAGGGUAUUGCUAGCAAGUCACCACUGGCAGUUGUUGGAACAAAGACUGUGUUGCUUAAAAGUAGGGACUUGACUGUGGAUCAAGGGUUGGAUUUUGUAGCAACUUUAAAUUCUGCAAGAUUGUUUUCCAGUGAUUUAAUUGAAGCAGUUGCGGCAGCGAAGCAGAAACGGAAGCCAGUUUAUUCUAAGCUCUAAUUGCUCAAUAGGUAUUCGAUGACAUAGAAAUAAGACAUUUGGCUAUGCCAGGAAAUAAAAGUCAUGUAAUGAAGGACAAAGGUACCUCCUGCAAUUGUAUUGUAUGAAUUUCAUGUGUUCAAUGCAGCAAAAUUCAAGCUCGCCGACCUAUUUAUUUUUACCUAA